UCACGUGAUUCGUCGGACUCUUUUAAAUGUAACACAACCAGGAAGUUUUUUUCAAAGGGACUCAGCUGGUUUGUGCCGAAUGUGUUUGCCGCUCGUAUUAUGCCCAGCAAAGAUGCCCGAGUGUAAACAGCACCACGCCUUCAGAUGAGGACGCUGGUGUUCGUCGCUUGGCUGCUGUUUUACGUGUCUUUUUUGCUGGGGAUGAGAAAGAUGUGGACCGGAAAGUAUGUCCGCAGUCCGCUGGCUCGAGCUCUGAUCAUGAACAUGGUGACCGAGACGGACUCACCUGACUCACCUGAACACGAAGCCCAGAAGUGGUACCACUGCUGUCCGGACAUGCUCGGAGAAGCGGCGCGCUCCCAGUUCGUCCAGAGUCACCUGGAUGAAGACACGCAGGCUUUCCUGCGCCGAAGCGUGGAGAAAUCCGGCUGGCUCUUCACGCAGCUCUACCACUCGCUCUUCUCCACCAUCUUCAGCCCCGUGGUGUCCCGGACCUCCAUCAACGGCUUUCUGGGCCGCGGCUCCAUGUUCGUCUUCUCCAGGGACCAGUUUCAGCGGCUCCUCCGGAUCGGUCCGGAGUGGAAGGGGCGGAGGAUGCUGGAUCUGGGAGCCGGCGACGGAGGCGUGACGGAAGUCAUGGGCCAUCACUUUCACGAGGUGUUCGCCACCGAAGUCUCCACGCCGAUGAAGUGGCAUCUCCAGAGAAAGAGCUACAGCUUGCUGGGAAUCGAUGAGUGGCACCGAACGGGCUUCCAGUACGAUCUGAUCAGCUGCUUGAACCUGCUGGACCGCUGCGACCAGCCUCUGCAGCUCCUGCAGGACAUCAGGAGAUCACUGCAGCCGCUCACCGGACGCCUCGUCUUAGCGGCUGUGCUGCCCUUCCAGCCGUACGUCGAGACGGGCGGGACCUGGGUGCGUCCCAAGGAGCACAUCAAGGUGCAGGGCAAGACGUGGGAGGAGCAGGUGACUCACCUGAGCACAGAAGUGUUCCUGAAGGUGGGGUUCGAGGUGGAGGCCGUCACCCGCCUGCCGUACCUGUGUGAAGGAGACAUGUACAAGGACUACUACGUCCUGGAUGACGCCGUCUUCGUGCUGAAACCUCAGGAAUGAACCCGAAAGGGCUUAGUUGAAGAGGGACGGUGUUUCUUGCCCGUUACGUCUCAGGAAAAAAUGAAAUCUUAGAGAAACAAAGGAUUAUAUCUCACUGCAAUAUAUGAACAGUACUGUAACCGUACUACGGGUGUAGUACAGCUGAUGUGAAGCGCUUCCUGUGGGGGGGGGAUUAAUAAAACAUCAUAUCUAAUAUAACAUAUUAGUUUUGUCAAUAGAGAGGUAGCUAUUAAAUCUCCUUCUGUGCCUCCCCUUAUGUUUUCUGCAUUUGUAGUGAAUUUCUCAUGUGAUGUAUGAGUUGUCAGAAAUAUCAUAGGACCAAUGUAAGCCUUUUUUCUUAAGUAAAAUGAUGUUUAUUAAACAGAAAAUGUGCCUCACGUAGGUAACGGUCAGCUACAGGAUGUGAUGUUCUGUUUGUAGAAAUGUUUUUAAUGUUGUAAAUCAAGUAUUCUCCUGUAUUGAUUUAUGUUUACUGUGCAAUAAAUCUGUAUUUGUUCUCA